AUAUGAAUCAAUAUUACAUUUUGGUUAAAAUAGGAGAAGGUACUUUUUCAGAAGUUUUAAAGGCCAAAUCCAUGAUUACUGGAUAAUUGGUUGCAAUUAAAUGUAUGAAAAAUCGUUGUGAAAGUGUGGUAAAUUCAUUUUUUAAUUAUGUUAGGAUUAAGUAAAGAACUUAAAAGAAAUUUAAGCUUUGCAUUAAUUAUCAUAACAUCCUAAUAUUGUUAAAUUACAUGAAGUCCUUUAUGAUGAACCAAGUGGAAGAUUAGCAUUAGUAUGUGAAUUAAUGGAAAUGAAUCUCUAUGAUUGCAUCAAAAAUAGAACAUCUUAUUUGAGCAUGGCAAAAGUCAAAAAAUACAUGUAUUAAGUAUUAAAAGCUUUGGAUUACAUGCAUAAACGUAACUUUUUUCAUAGAGAUAUAAAACCAGAGAACAUUCUGAUAAAAAAUGAUAAUGUAAAAGUAGCUGACUUGGGAAGUUGCAAAGGUGUUCAUUCUACUCACCCUUAUACUGAAUAUAUUAGUACUAGAUGGUAUCGAGCACCAGAAUGUCUUAUGACAGAUGGUUAUUAUGAUUAAAAAAUGGAUCUUUGGGGUGUAGGUUGUGUAAUGUUUGAAAUUAUUGCUUUAUUGCCAUUAUUUUAAGGAGAGAAUGAAUUAGAUCAAAUUAAUAAAAUCUUUAAAAUUCUAGGUACUCCUGAACCUGAAUUAUUGAGUAGAUUCAAAUCCUAAGCAUCUCAUAUGGAAUUUAAUUUUAAACAGUAAAAAGGUAUAGGAUUGGAAAGAUUAGUACCUCCACAUGCUGGUUCUGAUUGCAUAGAUUUACUUUAUAAAUUAUUGCAACUUGAUCCAAUCAAGAGAAUUACUGCAGAAGAAGCACUUAGACAUGAAUUUUUUGAGGAAUUUUGGGAUGCUCCAAUGUCUCAAUCAAGUGAUAGUACUUAAUUUGGUAAAGCUAUAACAAUAGCUAAACCAAAAAAGAGAUUGAAUAAAGGAAUUUAUCCAGGGACAAUAAAAUUAGAAGUGAAACUUGAAGGUAAACUAAAUUAAUCUGAUGAUGAGAAUGAAAAAGUUAGAGAUGGAAGUUUAAAUUCCAAAUUACCUCCUAUAACAAAACCACAUUUAAAACCAAAAGUAAAAAAUCCUUAUGCUAAGAAAAAACUUUAUGAUGAUUAUAUUAUAGUUGGUAAAAAAGCUUUUAAUUGA